AAAAGUUCCAGCAGCUUCAUUUCUCUUGAUUGCCCUGCUCAUAAACUCACCUGUGUUUUUGCUGUCUUUAAGAACUCAACCUGCUUUACAGGUGCAAUGUGUCACCAAUUAGAAUAAUGCCUUAAAUCUGAGAGCAGGAGGGAGGCUCUCGGUUCUGUUAAUAGAUGGAGACGCUCUUGAAAGAGCUCAGUUCAGCUUCUAAGCUCUUAACUGAUUUUAAGGAGAUGUAUGAGUAUGAGAACCGUUUAAAAACCUUCACAAAGUGGCCUUUCCGAGAGAACUGCAAGUGCACUCCGGAGAAUAUGGCAAAGGCGGGAUUCAUCCACUGUCCAGAUGUAAAUGAACCAGAUGUGGCCAAAUGUUUCUUUUGCUUGUUAGAACUGGAAGGCUGGGAACAAAAUGAUAACCCGUGGGAGGAACACAGCAAACGUCAUGUCUGUGAGUUUUUAUCUCUUCCUAAGAACUUCGAAGACCUGACAAUGGAGGAGUACUACAUGCUGGAGAUGACACGGCUGAGAACAUUCAUUCGCAAAAUCGGCAGACGUGUAAUAAACUCUUUCGAAGAAGAAGUUGCCACAACUAGGAAACAUCUUGUGGAUUACUUUGUCUCCCAGCAUCAGUACACACCACCGCUGCCCCUGCCUCCCAGUGAUGAUCCAUCCACUCAGCACUCGGAGGGCUCAUACUGCCAGUCAAAAUAAGACCGGGAGAAGUGAAGUGUCAAGUCCGACUCUGAAAGUUUCUCUUUUUGAUUUGGUACAGUCAUAUCUUUAUCUGAGUAUGAAUAUAAAGCUAAACAGUUGUGUGAGGAAGUGUGUAUGUAGAGAAUUCCCUUCAGAGGCUCUCUGGAUCAGAGGUAAAAGCUGUUUAUACUGACUCCUGUCUUUCAUAAUGUGCUUUGUUGUUAUGCUUAGGUGUGGAUUAAUAGGAGUCCCACUAACUUGUGAAUAUAUGAAAAAUGUCUGAGCAAAUACCUAUAUUGUGGUUUUUAGCAGACUGAUUUUUUUUUUUUUAAUAAAGAUUCAGAACUCUGAGUACCUCUUGUGAUAUCUGUUAAAGGCUUAUACCAAGGCACACUCAAAUCAGAACAGUUCUGCUUCAGAACACUUCCCAUAGAACAAAAUGGAUCCCUCUGGUUUAAGCAC